AUGAACACAAACGACCUAUUCCUCAAUGUCCAAUAUGGCACACUUACUGCUGAAAUCAAUGUGACUGACUUUGAAGACUUGAGUGACGUUCAUGAUGCUAUCAAGUCUGAGUAUGAUCCUGCUAUGGCUGACAUCGAUGCUCAUCAACUCCAACUCUACACCAACACCAACAAGGACCAACUAAUCAACACCUGGGCUUUACUCGACUCCCUUCCUCAAUAA